AUGGACAUGUUCAGUGCUCCGGACAGGAUUCCAGAGCAGAUUCGUAUCUUUUUCAAGACAAUGAAGCAGGUGGUUCCAGCGAAGGCCGUUUGUGGAAGUACCGUGCUGGAUGUGGCACACAAAAACGGCGUAGAUCUUGAGGGUGCCUGUGAAGGAAACCUAGCAUGCUCGACAUGCCACGUAAUUCUGGAGGAGCCCCUGUACAGAAAGCUUGGAGAGCCUUCCGACAAAGAGUACGACCUCAUAGACCAAGCAUUUGGAGCUACGGGCACCUCUCGGUUGGGAUGCCAGCUGAGGGUCGAUAAGAGCUUUGAAAAUGCAGUGUUUACAGUUCCCAGAGCAACAAAAAACAUGGCCGUGGAUGGGUUCAAGCCCAAGCCCCAUUAG